AUGAGCACGCCGGCCUCAGCACGCUUUCGCCUUCCAUGCGACGAUCCGACGCCCGACGCCAAGCCGCGGAACGCUCCACGGAACGAUGUGGUGGUGGACAUCGAGGUGCUGCGGACGGGCGACCCGAGAGGGGUGGUCGUCCGCCACGCGGUCGAGGAAGACCAUCCCGACGAGGUCGACCAGACGACCGACGAGGGCGGUGACCGGCCAAGUGAUGUGCAUGGCGCACUCACCCCGACCUUCGAUGCCCUAAGGGGCCGUCCUCGGCUUCGGCCUAGCUCGGACUCCCCGCAGGAGGCGCGCUUCGUGGUGAAGAGCAACGCCACGAUGAAAGCGGUGCGCGAGGCCCUGGCCGCGCACCUGGGGAAGCCGGAGCUGCUGAAGACCUGCCGCCUGGUGCAGCGCGUGGGAGAGAAUGGCGCCUUCUCCUCCUUCAAGGAUUCCGAGAAGCUGAACAGCCGUCGUGCCUUGCUAGUCCUGGGGGUCCCAAGUUUGAGGCUGGGCCGUGGUGAGCAGACGGCCAGUGAGGAAGCAGAGGACCAGCCGUCCCAGUGGGCCCAGCCUCGACUGGAUGAGCCAACUCAGGCGAGCGUCCAGCCGCCGGAGCCUCCAAAGCUGACGCUCCAUCAAGCUCUCGCGCUUCAGCGUGAUUUGCUGCAAGGCUUCUCUGAUUCCACCUUUCAAGCAAAGCGCAAGGCCUGGUCUUUCGGAGACGAGCCCGGUGAAAGGCAGACCGAUCCCAAGCGCUUCAGCGCGGAGCGGCAGAAGCUCUUUUUGUCGGUGCAGAAGGUGGUGUUGCCCAGGUAUGGCUUUGAAGCUGGUCCAAAGGGAGUCUUCGACAUGCUGGUACAAUUUGACCAGUCAGAGCUUGUCAUGAAUCCCACCUUCCAGCAACAGGCGGAGCAACCGCAGCGGCCGCUCAAGCUCAGCAAGCUCAGCCCUCAGGUCGUACACUCUCCGGAAGAGGAUGGCCAGGGGAAGCCACCAGAAUCCAAGACCAGAGCACCGCCGCAACCAGUGCGCUAUGAAGUAGCCGUGGACAUGGAGGUGGUGGUCCGACAUGCCGUUCAAGAAGGUCGCCUUGCUGAUGAGGAAGCGCGCUUUACGGUGAAAAGCAAUGCGACCAUGAAGGCUGUCAAGGAGGCAUUGGCCUCUCACUUGGGAAAACCUGAGUUGGUGAAGACCUGCCGCCUUGUGCAGAGUGUCGGGGACAGUGCCUUCUCCUCCUUCAAGGAUUCGGAGAAGCUGAACAACCGGCGCGCCCUGCUGGUGAUGGGAGUGCCAAGUUUGAGGACACAGGCCGCAGCACCGCCAGAAAAGUCGGAGAAGCAGUUCCAACCUGAGGAACGACGUCCAGCACAGGCUAGCCGAGCUCCACGUGUCGUGCAGCCGGAAGCUCCACCGCUGACGAUCCCUCAAGCGUUGGCGCUUCAGCGCGACUUGCUCCAACGCUUCUCGGAUCCGGAGUUUCAAUCGAAGCGCAAGGAGAAAGGAGUUGGCUUCAAAGAGUUGGCACUGCGACGAGUCGUUGCGGAUGAAUGGCAAAGCGACCCCAGACGCUUCAGCGCGGAGAGGCAGAAGCUCUUUCUGUCCGUGCAGAAGCUGGUCUUGCCACGCUAUGGCUUUGAAGGCAGUCCUAAGGGAGUCUUCGAGAUGAUGGUGCAGUUCGAUCGCCCGGAGCUUGUGAUGAACAGCACCUUUCAGCACCAGGGAGCUACCCUGAACUACCUCCUCUUUGCGGAAGACCUGCCCGAGCCUUCGCAGAUGGCACAGGAAACGGCACAGGAAACGGCGCCACAGGCCUCGAGGGCCGAGAAGUCGCCGUGCCCUUCGGGGAAAGGGCGCAAGCAAAAAGCACCACAAGCUGCAAAGGAUGAAGUGGUUGUGGAUAUUGAGGUGGUGCUGCGCCAUGCUGUGGAAGAGGAUCAUCCUUUGGAUGAGGAAGCGCGCUUCACAGUGAAGAGUAAUGCAGACAUGAAGCAAGUGAAGGAGGCCCUGGCGGCGCACUUGGGGAAGCCGGAGCUGGUGAAGUCCUGUCGCUUGGUGCAACGCCUGGGGGAGAAUAGCGCCUUCACCUCCUUCAAGGAUUUCGAGAAGUUGAACAACCGCCGUGCCUUGCUGGUCUUGGGAGUGAAUAGCUUGAGGACCGCCAGUGAAGAUGCUCAAGAGGAAAAGGAGAGGUCUGCCAGGAGAGAGGAGAAACCUCAAGAGGAGAAGUUGCACCCGCUGGAUAGAGAAGACCAAGCUUCACCAGAGGCGUGGGUGACCCCAGAGGCGGCCACCCUGGUGCUCAGGGACUGGCUUCCGCCAAAGGCGGAAGACCUGAUGGCGCUCUUCGAAGAAGGCGCCCUGGAGGCCACAGGGCCCCGCGCGCAGCCGGAGUCCACAGCGUCCAGCCAAGGCGUGAUUUGCUGCAAGGCUUCUCAGACGCAGAGUUUCAAGCCAAGCGCAAGGCAAAGCAAGCCAAGACGUUUCAGUGCCGAACGGCAAAAGCUCUUUCUCUCUGUGCAGAAAAUUGUGUUACCCAGAUAUGGCUUUGAGGGUGUCUUCGACAUGCUGGUGCAGUUCGAUCGCCCCGAGUUUGCUUCCAAUCCGACCUUCAUGGAGCAGGGCGCUACUCUGAACUACCUCCUUUUCCCAGAGGAUUUGCCCGGCGGCUUGAACAACGCCAAAGAGUUUCUGCAGGCCCAGACCGUCGAGCGUACGCCGCCGCGGGCGGAGCCGAGACCUCCGCGGGCCGCGCGGAAGCCGCGGAAGGCAGCCGAGCCGCACCGGCUGACGCCCGCGCAGGCGGUGGCGCUGCAAGAGGUGGCGCGAGACUUACGGCAAGGCUUCGCGGACCCCACGUGGCAAGCGAAGCGCAAAGAGCUGGAGAAGACGCUGAAGCACUCGGAUCCGCGGAAGUUCAGCGUCGAAAGGUUCUUGAGCGUGCAGAAGGAGGUCCUUCCAAAGCAUGGCUUCGAGGGGAGCCCUAAAGGAGCCGAUUUCCGUACUGAGCUUCCCGCUGGAAGAGCCACACCAGCAGGAGUCUUUGAGAUGAUGCAGCAGUUUGAUCGACCCGACCUGCAAAUCAAUGAGGAUUUCCAACGCCUGGGUGCCAUCUUGAACGACCUGCUCUUCUCGGAAGAACCGACUGGGACCGGCUCUCGUCGUGUGGAGCCCAAGGAGAUUGAGGUCACCAUCCGCCAUGCGCUGGAUGAACCACAUCUGCAGGACGGACGGUCGAUCAUCGCCGAUCCUCGAUCCAGUGCGCCGGGAUGGAGCGGCUUGGGGGACGAGGAGGCGCAGCUGUUGGUGAGCACGGACGCCACCUUUCGACAGCUCAAGGAGGCCCUGGCAGAACAGUUGGAAGAUCCCCAGGUGUUGCAGACCUGCCGCUUCGUGCGGCGCGUGGGCGAGAGCGGCGCCUUCAGCUCCUUCAUGGAGUCCGAGAGGCUGCAGACCGGCUUGGCCUCCAAUAGUGGAGGAGAUGGAUCAUGUGAAGUCUCGGAGAGUCUCGGGUUUGUCUUGAUGAUCCAUGUCUUCAUGUCGUCACACCCGGUCGGCGACACGGGGUUGGCACCGUAUCGACCUCCCCACCUGGUGGGGACCGAUCGAGCGAGCCGAUGCGAGCGGCUUGCAGGCUCCAAGCGGCUGCGCAAGCCGUUGUCGCCGCGCCUGGCCAUGGCGAAGCUGACGCCGCAGCAGGCAGUGGCGCUGCAGAAGGACUGGGGCGAUUCUGGGCAGCUUCCAUCGUGUUCCACCUGUUUUUGGGAGCUCUAUGAGGGCUUCUCUUCCCCUCUCUUUCGCGAACGUCUCAAGAAGUUGUGGCAACAGAAGCCGACCAUGGAGUCGAGGAAGUACCGCGCCGAGCGGCAGAAGCUCUUCUUGACGGUGCAGAGUGCGGUGCUGCCGAGGUAUGGCUUGGAGGGCACCGAGCGUGGAGUCUUUGAGAUGCUCUCGCAAUUUGAUCAGCCAGAGAUCCACUCGACCGAGGUGGGAUAUGAUGGGAAGGCGGAGAUUUCGCACGUCGAAAUGAGUUGUAUUUUUUGGUAG